AUGUAUUGUUAUCAGUUUAGUCAGCGUAUUGCUGAUGAUCCGGGCGACGAUCGAAAUCAGGUAGAAAAGGAAAAGUAUGGACUUCGCGGUCGAGUGGCACACACACCGAUAGUGACUUCUCAAAGAAGCAACAUGACAAGUUUCAUUAUGUCAUUACAGAAAUCGACGAAAUCGCAGAAGUCUUCGUCAUCGUCGGUACCGUCGACGCUCUCUACAACCAGCAAAACAGCCUCGUCGCAAAAGCAAGGAAAAGAUGAUUCUGCUUCCAAAUCCACCGAAAAAGAAGGCGCUGCGAAAGAUCCGGUCAAGCCACCGUCAGUGGGAAAGGAAAAAGGCAUUAGAGACUCAACAGAUGAUCCACAUGCUCCGCAGCUUCCACUAGGUGUUCAGGAUUCCUUGAUGUCGGUGUCCAAAGAUCUUGUGCCGCUGUCAGCCGAGAGAAGUUGGCCUUUUCUCUAA